CCCAUAUGCCGAGGUGGGCAUAGGCGGUUGAACAAGCUGCCCCCACUAAAGCCUCCUGACUCAUGGGAGCGUCAGACCUCAAUCCCCAGAGAGCCUGGAAACGCUGCCGAUCCACGCGCAGAGGAGAAGGAGGGGAGCCUGAGAGGAGGAGGAAAAAACUCUGAGAAGAGGAGAGGGAAGAAAGCCACAACGGUAGGCUGUCCCAUUCGGCUGCUGUGCCGUGAUGACGUGAGAGGGCAUGUGACCCAGGGUCUCCAGUGACGGCACAUGGAGGGCAGGAAAGAGACGAGUUUUAAAGCUGGUGCCUUUUGGGUUGUGUGAGGGCUCUGCUCGCCUCCCAAACAACCACAGAACCACAGACGUGCGGCUCGGGGGUUGGUGUUUGAGGGCAACCUGGAGUGUAAAUGGUUAAUCGUCGCGGGCCAGCACCAGUCACAAGGACGGCGCUAAGCGAGUAAGACGUGUCAAGGGUCACGGAAACCACAGAGGAACAAAAGUGGGGCUUCCUGGAACCAGAGGCAGCUAUGGCAUCUAACAGUCUUUUCAGCACAGUGACACCAUGUCAGCAGAACUUCUUCUGGGAUCCCAGCGCCAGCCGGAGGUUCAGUCCGCCGUCCAGCAGCCUCCAGCCGGUCCCAGGGAAGAUGAACGAUGUGAGCUCCCCGACCGGCCAGCCGGACGCUGCGGUGCCGAGACUGCGCCCGCACGAAAACCGCAGCAUGGCCGAGAUCAUCGCAGACCACCCGGCCGAGCUGGUCCGGACCGACAGCCCCAACUUUCUGUGCUCGGUCCUGCCGUCCCACUGGCGGUGCAACAAGACGCUGCCGGUCGCGUUUAAGGUGGUCGCCCUGGGGGACAUACCUGACGGGACCGUCGUCACGGUGAUGGCGGGCAACGACGAGAACUACUCCGCAGAGCUGCGGAACGCCUCUGGUGUGAUGAAGAAUCAAGUGGCACGUUUCAACGAUCUCCGCUUCGUGGGCCGCAGUGGCAGAGGCAAGAGCUUCACGCUGACAAUCACAGUAUUCACCAACCCACCACAAGUGGCCACUUACCACAGAGCUAUAAAGGUCACCGUGGACGGGCCGCGUGAGCCCAGGAGGCAUCGUCAAAAGCUGGAGGAUCAUCCCAAGACAGUCCCGUUCUCAGACCGCCUCAGCGAGCUGGAGAGGAUGAGGGUGAGGGUCGCGGUCCCCACUCAAGGCCCGCGGCCGACGCUCAACACGGCCGCCAACUCCUUCAAUCCGCAGGGUCAGACGCAGAUAACAGACCCUCGCCAGUCCCAGUCCUCUCCUCCCUGGUCGUACGAACAGACGUAUCCAUCGUACCUGAGUCCCAUGGCGUCCCCCUCAGUCCACUCCACCACCCCCCUCUCCUCCAGCCGAGGCACGGGCCUGCCUGCCAUCAGUGACGUGCCUAGACGAUUGCCAGGCUCCUCCGACCUGAGUCCGUUCCCCGGCCAGUUCGACCGGCAGUUCCCGAGCCUCUCCUCCAUCGCCGACAGCCGCUUCUCCAGCCCGCGCAUGCACUACCCGGCCACCUUCACCUACACGCCGCCCGUCACCUCGGCCAUGCCGCUGGGCAGCGCCCACUACCACACCUACCUGCCGCCGCCGUACCCGGGCUCCACCCAGAGCCAGAGCGGCCCCUUCCAGACCAGCAGCACGCCCUACCUGUACUACGGCGCGUCCUCCAACUCGUACCAGUUCUCCAUGGUCCCCGGCGGGGACCGCUCGCCGUCCCGCAUGAUCCCGCCGUGCACUAGCGCCUCCACGGGCACCUCGCUGGUCAACCCCAACCUGCCCAGCCAGACAGAGGGCGGGGUGGACGGCGACGGGAGCCACAGUAACUCCCCGACCGUUCUCAACCCCGGAGGCCGCAUAGAUGAAGCCGUAUGGAGGCCGUAUUGAAGGCAGAGAGAGAUAAGACGUCAGCCCAAGUUUUUGAAAGCACAAAACCUUUUUUAUGUAAUAAAAAAGGGGGUUUGUGGGCUCGCAUCAGCUAUCUCCACCUUUUGCUUGGAAAUUAAGGUAGAGAUUAAAAUAAAACAACAAAAAAAAGACCCAGACACACACACACACACACUCACAGACUUGCACAGACUUGUCUUCCUGGAAUGUGUUUUGACCAAGGCACUACAAAGGGAGUGAUUCUCACAGCAAUAAUAAUAAAAACUAUUUUUGCUCAACUCAGCCCCAGCAGACAAGACAUUUUUCCAGCUUUAUGGCAGUCCACAAACUAAGGGAUGUCUCAUCAUUAUUUGUAAAAGACUUUUGUAUAGUGUUUGUAUUCCAUUAAGGCUUUUGCU